UUUGUUUUAUCUUUUUCAGCCGGCGCUCCGGGUAUAAAAUCGGGACUAAAGCUUCCAGACAAUUGAGGAAACAUUUACUGUUCCUUCACGACGGGGCCUAACAACCAAAACGUCCAACAAGAAGUCUCCUCCGGCCAUCUGAAGCUUUCAGGCCAGUCCCCAUUAAACCACUCUGCGGCUAAGCCUAACCUAAAGCCCUCAAGAUGAUGCAGAUCAGCAAUGACCCGGCCAGCAACAAGCACUCUCUCCUCAACGUCAUGCACCGCUUCAUGGCGGCUGCCAACAACAUGGACGAGACCAUCAUGGUGCCCAGUCUGCUCCGAGACGUGCCGCUGGAGGAGCAGGCCAACAAUAACUACGAGGAGCCCCGGUUUCCCAGCAACAAGCAGAUGGACAUGUACGAGCACUACCUGCUCCUCAAGUCCAUCAAAAACGACAUGGAGUGGGGCCUGCUGAAGAGGGAGAUGAGCAGUGGCGCCAGCUUCCUGGAGAUUGCUGUGAAGCAGGAGGAGCAGCAGGCCUCAGUGAAGGGGGAUAUUCCUGUGGAGGACAACGCAGACCUGGAGCAUCAGUUUCAUUACCACCUCAGAGGACUGUUUGGAGUUCUGUCCAAGCUUACGCUGCAGGCAGACCACCUUACCAACAGAUACAAGAGAGAAAUUGGAGGAGGAAACUUCAUGAGAUAAAAGUUUCUCUCUUAAAUGUGACUGCUUCAACUUUUUGUAAAAAGAUCUGAUCUGAUCAGGGCACUUUGUUUCACUCCUGCUUUGCACUCCACCUUCAACCUGAAGCCGGUGAUGCCAGCAGUCUUUGGCCUGCUCGUUCAGAGGCCACCUCUGUGCUCGGCAGACGUUUUCUCACUUUUAGCCAGAUGACGCACAGCUCUGAUUUAUACAGACCCUUCCCUCAUCUUGUUUCAGGUUCAGACAUGUUUGUGAAUAAAAGGGUUCCUGACUGCAGGAGAUGUUGAAUGCUGGUUGUUCUGCCCCUCCUCUUUUAAUUUAUGAAUCUUAGGGCUGAGCUGAAGGGCUCUUAACUGUACAAAGUUUAAUUCCUUCUACUCGUUGGCGUGCCUUGGCACUUAUACCUUUCUACUAGUGCCCUGAUCAGAUCAUUGACCGUUUUAACAGCUCAAUGUUUGUCCUUGUAUUUCAAAACCAGUUUUAUAUUAAUGCCUAAGAUGCAUUACAGCUGAAAUAAAUAGUAACAUUUCCAA